CAUCUGAAUUCACAAACCAGGACUAACAAAACGCACUAGUGUUUGCAGAUAUACGUUACUGCAUUACGGUUUUAGAGCCGAUAGAUUCUGAAUCGCUAACCGCAAGCCAACUUUACGGUGGUAAAUAAGCAGGAAAAAGCAGACUAUUCCAGCAUGCAAUGAGACAGAGAAACCCGGAAGAGUAGCAAGAGUGCAAGUUUACACGUUUCGAACACACCUCUACCAGGAGGACAAAGGGGCAUAUAGUCAAUUCAGUCAGAUUUUGCCUCGUGGGACUAGAACUAAAGAGGAGACAUGUGGCCAAACCAAGGCCCUUCAACAGUUCCCUUCAACCCUGCCUUUCCUCCCCCUCCUGAUACUACUCAUCCUGUUCCAGCAAACACAGGAUACCCACAUGGUCAGAAUCCAGUAUAUCCACCUGACAUAAAUCCUGCCAUGCCUCCAACUAUGCCAUACAUGGCUGGAGGACAAAACCCUUAUCCUACAGGCCCUUCCCCUUAUGUUCCUCCACCUGGAACAGUAAAUCCAGGCCCAUAUUCGCUGUCUCAUGGUGGCUCUCCUGUGGGGUUACCUGGGGCAAUUGCUGGAGGAGGAAUGAUUAUUGCAGGCCACAAGAUGCAUAAAAAGGUGAAGAAAGCAAAAAAGAAGGCACAUAAAGCUGAGAAGACUAACAAACACAAGAAACAUUGCAAGCAUUCUUCAAGCAGCAGCAGCAGCAGUGACUCUGACUAAAGUCAACAACAGUCCUAUCUUGUGCGAUUACACAAGCAUGCUUCUGCACAACACUAAGUAUGUAAGCAAAGUAUGUAGAACAUGUUGAUACAUUCAGAAAUUACUUUGACUACCUUAAAUUUCAGAAUAGUUUUUAGGCACUUUCCAUGCUUUUGACUAAGCAAUAAACACUGUGUGAACUGAUACCUAGAUCAUGUUUAUCCUUUUACAUAUGUAUGUAAUUUACAAUAGAAUGUAAUGAUUGUAAUAAAAUGUAAUGAUUGUGCACAUUUAUGCACUUUGUGCAAACAUGUUUUCCUUGUCAGGUUGGUACUACAUAUUACUUGGGAUUUCACAGAAUGUCUUCCGUUCAUUUUUAGUUGUUUUCCAUAGUUAGAUGUAAGAUCACAAGUCACUAAUUUAGGCACUGCAAAUACUGUUCCAAAUGAAAAUUGUUUAAGAUGAUCUGUAAAAAUAGUGUGAAGCCUUUGAAUUAUCAGUAUGUUAGUAAAUCAUUUCCAUGUAUUUGUAUAGUAAUUAUUCAUACUCUAACAAGCAGGGAUAUUCACAUUUAUGUUAGAGAUUAACUGUCAGAAAGUUGCACUCAUAUUUUGCAUUUGUCAUAUUUUGUUCUGCGAUAAAGGUGUCUAAAGGAAAAAAAAAAACUGUAUCACCUAAAAACUAAAGUGUACCACCUAACCUAUUAUGUACCACAUAGCACACCACCACCGAUAAAUUAAACAUAUACCAUGUAAACUGUUAAAUAAUUAACAAUUUAACUAAAGCAUGUGAUGCCAAGAAUAAAGUAAUUUGUUUGCUCUCUUA